CCAGGAUCCUCUGCUGAUAUCUUCUAUAUAAGAGAAUUCUCCUGGAUGACCAAUCAACCAUGGAGAGAGACAGGAACAAGAUGGCCGACAGGAUCAUAAACCUCACCCUACAGAUACUCUUCCGGCUUACUGGAGAGGAUUACACAGUAGUGAAGAAGUCCUCUAGUGGGCGCUGUCGGGCCCCUGUGUGUGAAGGAUGGGGAAGAACCCUGAGCCCAAUCCCGGGGACCCCACCUCACUCCCUGAUACAUGAGGAAAUGGAUGAACAGAAGAUCCUAGAACUCAUCAAUAAGAUGAUGGAGCUGCUGACUGGAGAGGUUCCUAUAAGGUGUCAGGACGUGGCGGUCUAUUUCUCCAUGGAGGAGUGGGAGUAUGUAGAAGGACACAAGGAUCAGUACAAGGAUCAGGUCAUGAUGGAGGAUCAGCAGCCCCUCACAUCACCAGUCAGAUCAAGUAAGAGAACAGCACCAGAGAGGUGUCCCCGCCCUCUUCUUCCACAGGAUGAUCAGGGAGAAGAUCAGAACAAUAUUAAUGCUCCAGAGACAGAUGUGAGCUGUGAUGAGCAGUAUAAGGAGGACAUUCCCACAGAGAGAGAUCUGAUCUAUAUUAAUGCUACAGACAUAAAGGAAGAGGAAGAGACAGAUGUGAGUGGUGAUGAGCAGUAUAAGGAGGACAUUCCCACAGAGAGAGAUCAGAUCUAUAUUAAUGCUACAGACAUAAAGGAAGAAGAAGAGACAUAUGUGAGCGGUGAUGAGCAGUAUAAUAAGGACAUUCCUACAGGUAAAGAUCUGAACUAUACUAAUGGUACAGACAUAAAGGAAGAGGGAGAAGAGACAGAUGUGAGCGGUGACAAGCAGGAUGUGGAGGACAUUUCUACAGGGAAAGAUCUGAACAAUGUUAAUGCUACAGACAUAAAGGAAGAAGAAGAGACAGAUGUGAGCGGUGAUGAGCAGUAUAAGGAGGACAUUCUUAAGGAUAACCACCCAGAUUCUUGUACCAGGAGAUCAGAGGAGAAUCUUAUAUCUUCAGAUUAUAAAGCAGAUGAUGAUAUCACACAAGAUACAUAUGAAGAACAUUCCAUUAUCCCAGAUACACCCUCAGCCCUUCACAGCCAAGAUCUCUCAUCUCAUCCUUAUAUACAGGUCCUGUCUUCUCAGUCAUCACAGGAUGUUCAGCAAAAUAAAGGUCACAGAAGGAAUGUUGGACAUCAAAAAGCUCAUACAGGAAAGAAACCAUAUUCAUGCUCAGAAUGUGGGAAAUGUUUUACUAAGAAAUCAAAUCUUAUUCAACAUCAAAGAAUUCACACAGGGGAGAAGCCAUUUUUAUGUUCAGAAUGUGGGAAAUGUUUUACUUGUAAAUCAAGUCUUGUUAAACAUCAAAGAACUCACACAGGAGAGAAGCCAUUUUUAUGUCCAGAAUGUGGGAAAUGUUUUACUUUUAAAUCAAGUCUUGUUAUACAUCAAAGAACUCACACAGGUGAGAAGCCAUUUUCAUGUGCAGAAUGUAUGAAAUGUUUUACUGAUCAAUCAAGUCUUGUUAAACAUCAAAUAACUCACACAGGGGAGAAGCCAUUUUCAUGUUCAGAAUGUGGGAAAUGUUUUACUGAGAAAUCAGGUCUUGUUAAACAUCAAAGAACUCACACAGGAGAGAAGCCAUUUUCAUGUUCAGAAUGUGGGAAAUGUUUUACUGACAAAUCAAGUCUUGUUAUGCAUCAAAGAAUUCACACAGGGGAGAAGCCAUUUUCAUGUGCAGAGUGUGGGAAAUGUUUUACAAAGCAUUUUUUUCUUGUUAGCCAUCAAAGAACUCACACAGGAGAGAAGCCAUUUUCAUGUGCAGAGUGUGGGAAAUGUUUUACUGCGAAAUCAAGUCUUGUUCAACAUAAUAGAACUCACACGGGGGAAAAGCCAUUUUCAUGUUCAGAAUGUGGGAAAUGUUUUGCAGACAAAUCAAGUGUUGUUAGACAUCUAAUAGUUCACACAGGAGAGAAGCCAAUUCAGAGUUAUAAAUGAUGCAGAUAACACAUCUAUAUAUUAACCAUGUACAUAGGAUAUCUGACAUUUAUACAUAUUUCAUGGGUGUUUGUUGCAGUUGAUGAUGAUGAUAGGCUUAUACUCGAGUCAAUAGAUUUAUUAUAGUACAGUAACCUACGAGUAUAAAUACAAUCAGUCCCAUCACUAUAGCUAUGAGUCCCUUCAACCAGGAGAAGAUAUUCCUCAACCAAUCAGGGAGAAGCUCCAAAAGCCAGGACCGCCAAUCAUCGCUUACAUCUUGCUUGAUACUAGAGGCUACAUAAUCCUA